CUUACAGCCUUUUGGGGGAGUUGCUAUGAUGAUAGAUAUAAUAGUGUGGGGUUCAUGUAUUUCCGGUUCUGCGUAGUAAACCUUGUGCAUCAGUAAUUGCAGUCAGUUUUGCUUCCGAGUGACGUCUUAAAGUGUUACGCACGCGCGCACUUGCAGCUACUCAGCACUUCCUUCAUCGGCCACCGCAGGCUCGCGAAGAAGAACCAUGAAGAAGGUCGCGGUCGUGACGGGCUCGAACAAGGGCAUCGGGCUGGCGGUGGUGCGCGCGCUGUGCAAGCAGUACGAUGGAGACGUGUACGUGACGGCGCGAGACGCGGCGCGCGGAGCGACCGCCGUGGAGGGCCUGAGGGCGGAAGGGCUCGCGCCGCUCUUCCGCCAGCUGGACAUCGCGGACGCGGGCAGCGUGCGCGCGGCGCGCGACUUCUUCCGGGCGGAGUACGGCGGCGUGGAUGUGCUCGUCAACAACGCGGGAAUCGCCUUCAAAAUGGCUGAUAAAACACCAUUUGGGACCCAGGCUGAAGUGACACUCAAGACUAAUUUCUUUGCCACCAAAGAUGUUUGUGACGAGUUCCUUCCUAUCAUCAAGCCUAGAGGUAGGGUGGUGAACGUUUCCAGCGUAAUGGGUUCCAUCGCCCUGAGCCGCUGCAAUUUGGACCUCCAGGCUCGCUUCCGCAGCAACGACAUCACAGAGGAAGAGCUAGUGGGGCUGAUGGAGCGCUUCGUGAAGGAUGCUAAGGAGGGUGCUCAUGUGCAAAGAGGCUGGCCUGACACCGCGUAUGGCGUGUCCAAGACCGGCCUGACCACCCUGACCAGGAUCCAUGCCCGGAAACUGACGCAGGAGAGACCUGGGGACGAGAUCCUCUGCAAUGCAUGCUGUCCAGGCUGGGUGAGGACCGACAUGGCAGGGCCAAAUGCUACAAAAUCUCCAGAUGAGGGCGCCGUUACUCCAGUCUAUUUGGCACUAUUACCACCUGGGUCUAAGGAACCCCAUGGGCAGUUUGUGUCAGAAAAGCAGGUGCAGGGAUGGUGAAGGCAUGUGUCUGCAUACCCGUAACCUACUUAGGUUAUAAUAUACUACACAUUACUGAGACACUUAGGCAUUAGAACACUUCUUGGUAUCGGUACUUAACAAAAUGAUAUACUUAAAACGUUCAGUCUAAAUAAUCCGCACAACCAAACCAACCAUAUAAGAGAAUUUACUUGAUUUAUUAAUCUCAUGAACACUAUGUGUGCCUUGUUCUGCUUAUAGUUCAUAUAUUUAGAAUUACACCAUAUGUUUAUCAUCAUCAAAGUCAUGAUUUAUAUUUACGGCUUGUAGACUAAAGUUUUUUCCACAUAAAAACACGCAUCCAUCCACGUCUUUAGACUAUAAACUAAAUUAAAGAUUUUCCUAUACAUUGGACUCUAGAAUUAUUGGUGAAUUUCAUGAAGUAUAUCAAAACUGAAUAAGUCAAUGAAUAAAACUGUAUCAAGACAAUCUAAGAAAAAGACCCGACCACAGAGUGCUAAAAGGGUUCAAAUGUAAGAUUGGAGUAUACAUGGAUUAAUUCAUGAAUUUAUUUUUUAUUUUUUCAAUUCAAAUUUAUAACAUUAAUAAUUAAAAUUUUCAUUAUAUUUCUUUUUGUCAUUUUGCAAAGAAAAAAUCAAAGUUGUAGUCUUUUUUUUUU